AUGGAUAUUACUGAGGCUCAAACAGGCAAGAUUUUAGGAAUCGCAGAUACAGAUGAUCCUCUUCAGUAUCUUUUUCCCUCACAAGACAUGUACUCCCAAAGUGGUAACUUGAGGAAAACAGAGAUGACUUCAGAACUGCAGAGCAGUGAAAUACCCGGAUCAUCUAAUUUUAAAGGUAUGGAGAACUCUUUGAAGACUUCUUUAAAGACAAAGAUGCAAAGACAUCAGGUCAACUUUGAUGCUGAAGACGACUGCAGAGAGAAAACAGUGAGGUUCUCUGCAGAUGAUGCAGCUAUGGAUGUGACACAGAGUCACACGGUCAACAUUGCCACUCAUUUCGAACCACGGCCCGACCCAAAUUUGAACUUCUUACCUACAUGUGAAGAGAAGACAGUGAGGUUCACUGCAGAUAAUGCCUGUAUGGAUGUGACGCGAAGUCACACUGUAAACAUUGCCUCGGAGAUUGAACUGCCAUCACACCAAAAUGUUGAUCGUCUGCCUAUUUGUGGGGAGAAAACUGUGAGGUUCACUGCAAAUGAUGCAGCUAUGGAUGUGACACGAAGUCACACUGUAAACAUUACAAGUCAUCUGGGACUCCAAUCACACCAAAAUAUGGACUUUUUACCUACUUCUGGAGAGAAAACAGUGAGGUUCACUUCAAAUGAUGCAGCUAUGGAUGUGACAAGAAGUCACACUGUAAACAUUUCCUCUGUCUCUGAACUGCCAUCACACCAAAAUGUCGACCCUGUACCUACAUGUGGAGAGAAAACGGUGAGGUUCACUGCGAAUGAUGCAGCUAUGGAUGUCACACAAAGUCACACUGUAAACAUUGCAAGUAAUGCAGGACCAGAGUCGCACCAAAAUUUGGACUUUUUACCUACUUGUGAGAAAAUUGCGACGUUCAGUGCAAAUGAUGCAGCUAUGGAUGUGAGACGAAGUUGCACUGUUAACAUAGCAAGUCAUUUGGGACCACAGUCACACCAAAAUGUGGACUUUUUACCUACUUGUGAGAAAACAGCAAGGUUCAAUUCAAAUGAUGGAGCUAUGGAUAUGACCCAAUGCCUCACUGUAAAUAUUGCCAGCAAUUCAGUUUCAGAUUCAGUUCUUCCAUGCCAAGAAUCAAACAUCAUAUCCACCAACGGAAACGCAGAUUUGCCUUUAACUGUGAGGAAGAGAGAAAGAAGCAGAUCCUCGUCAGUACACAGCCUGGAUCCCGGACUUCAAAACUCCCUGUCUAAGAUGAGUGGCCCAUGGACUAAUCCUGUGAUCACCAAAGCAGUUACUCUGGCUGCGCCAUCCCCUCUAGAAGGUGCCAGUACAAAUGGCUACCUUCAAAUGCAGAAGCCUGAUUUGGAUGCAGAAAAUGUAGCUCCAGGUUUUGUUCCAGCUCCCAUGGAGAAGCCACAAUAUAAACCCAUGACAGACUAUUCAGAAAACACUGUAAGCAUGGAUAUGACUGAAGCUCAGCCAGGCCACAUUUUGGGACAAACCUGCACAGGUAAACUCCCUCAAUGUCUUUCUUCAACAGAAGAAUCCUACCCCAAUUCUGGUCAUUUGAAGGAAACCGAGGCAACUUCACAGCAGAGCAAUGAAGCACUGGGUUCAUCUAUCCCUAAUGGUGUGGUAACUGCAAACUAUCCAGAUUCCACUGACUUGAGUGAAAUUGCGACCUGGAAAGAACCUGAACCAAGAAAUAACACUUCUUUAUCACAGAAGAUUGAAAGUUCUCCCAGUGCUAUUGACCAAGAUGCUGAUAUGUUACAUUCACGAAAGUCUAGACGAAUGAGUUUAGCCGAUGUCUUGUCAAAAGUAAGGCGUUUGAGCCACAUGAUAAAUACAGCUCCUGAUACUAUGGCCAUGGAAAGCUGCACAGCACCUUUGGCCCAGUUGGACCACAACUUGGACAAAAACUCAAAAGACGAAACUGCACCGCAACCCCUGCCUGUAGAGGAGCCUGAACCUGAAAUGGGUUUGGUAAAUAGUCAAGAUAAUACACAAGCUCAGUGUCUUACACAAGAAGAAGCCUCAACUACUACUACUCCUUUCAACUUGAAGACUAAACAACUUAUGUCAAGACUCUCAAUGGGAGGCUUUAAGCCGAAACUCCCCCAGAGAAGCAAACCCGAUGAUCCAAAGAAGGUGAAUUCUGUGGGAAACCAUACAAAGACAAUAACUGUUAAUGUUACUAAUCAAAUGAGUAAUUCUAACAAUGAUGUGAGUGAUAUUUACGAUGAAGAGCUUGGAAGUUAUGAAGAUAUGUCUGAAACGCUGGACCCAAGGAGUCCCCAGAAAGUCAGUGAAAAAGUGAGUCAUUCCCAGGAAUUCAACAUCGAUGAGCUUUUAGAGGAAGAUGUUUUUGAAAAGGACCUUAUUUUUGCUGUCAGUGGAAAGAAGAGGCCUUUGCCAAUAGAUGACAAUAAUAUGGAGGAUGAGAAGAGAAUGAAAGCAUCCACUGACGUUGAAAUGGAAUUACAGUCUCAUUUUGUGGAGGGUGAUGGGAACAUUAGCACAGCUCCGAAUAUGACCACACACACUACUGAUGGCUCCAGCACCAGUCACACAACCAGCAUCAGAUGUGAAGCUGCAUUUGAGUCAACUUUGAAACAAAGCCUGUUUGAAUCCCAGCUUGAAGACUAUGCAAGUGAUGAGCAAAAGAAACUGGAUGAUGGCACCAUUACUGUGUUAGAGUUCUUUAAACUCUUUAACAUAGACUUCGUCAUCCAUAAUCCUCGGCAAAGUAUCCUUCCUGGCAGAAUUUUGUCAGACACAGAUCGCUCACCAAUGGAUUUACUGAAAGACAGGCAUAUUAGCCGUCCUAAACAGAUAGUGUACGAGACAGAUGUCCUGAACCUCACAGAAAAGGUGGAGGGGUUUAAGGUGCGAAUGCGGGACCUAGACAAACCCCUGAAGAUUGUUAACAGACCUUUGUGGGAAGAGAUGAGAGAUUCUUCAGAGAAAGGGCUCAAAUCCUUCGGUGCAAAACUAAAAGAGAGAAAUAACUUCUUCAGAAAGACGAGCAAAGCUCAGUCACAUGAAAUGAAGGAGGACCUGUACUCGAAUCUUGUGCAGGCUAAUCUGGAGGAGCAACAGAAGUUGAGAGGAACAAUUGAGAAGGCAGAUGAAAUGAUAAAAAGUCUGGAUGACUGUAUUUGUGAAUUAGAAACAGAACUUGCUGCAGUUGAAGAAAAAGGCUUUGAAGAUAAACCAAGUCUGAAAUCACGUCAGGAAGAAAUUAAGAAAGUCACUGAAGUUUUGGCCGAUAAUGAAAGACAAAUGUCUGAACUGGAGUUGCAGAAGCAGCAGGAUUUAAAUAAAAUCAAGAGGCUGAAAGCUGAAACGAGGAACUUCAAGAGCCAUGUCACCGUGCUGCAUAUGGUGAAUGAAUGGAGGUCUGGAGAGAAGAAGGACAACUGCAUAGUCUACACUUUUCUCCAUGACACCAUGCAUUUGCAGUUGGUGUAUGAAAAAUACAAAGGAACAGGUGCUGAUAAUCAGUCAGAGAGGAAAAUAUCUCACAUCACCUUCAAACUCCAACUUGAUGAUGAGAAGUCGCAGUGCCAUGCCCGCCUCGUUCACAAACUACUCUCUCAGUACAUUGAGAGUGAAACCUCAUGGGUGGAGAAGUAUCCAACAAGUAAACAUGUGCCAAAGCUGCUCCAUGACGUUGGCCUGGUGGUGAGUCGCUGUCGUCUGCUGGGAGAGGAGCUGCGUCUGCUGAAAAUGUGGGGAGGUCUAAGGCUCGACAUCCUGAACAUCAGCUGUGUCGACACUCAAGUGCACAUUGUCUUCAGUAGUCUCAAGAAAAGUUCCAAGUUUGAGGUGGUCCUCUCUGUCAGUUUGAUCAACCACCUCUGUGUCCUUCAAGUAGAGAGCUUUAAGAACAUGAUCGGAAGCUCUGAGAUCAAACAGAUUGAAGAGAUCGUGGCAUCGUUCAGUCCAACAAAGAACCUCUUGACGAAGAUUGUCAAAAAGAUUCAUGAUAAUCUACUCUGUUGAAACCAGGAAUAUGUUUGAAAUAUGUGUUUUCUCAUAAUGCAACUGUACCUGUUAACGAUUCUCAUUUUGCAAAAACAGUCAUGGCAACAAAAUCCUUUGUUGUUAGAACAUUCCAACAUAACACAUGAAAAGGGACAAGAUAAAUAGUCAUAUUGCUGGAAUACAGCAAAUCACAUCAGUUUCAACUAUAGUUAUGGCUUUACAUUGUUGCUUUAAGUAUAUUAUAUAAUUGAUAAAUUUGGCUUGAUUUUUAUAUUUGCUCAGUGAUUAUGAUUACCAUUUAAAAUAUUAAACAGUCGUCUUUCAUUAGUUGGAGUGCAGAUAGUGCAGCUUGUCCUGUGCAGUUUCCAGAGUCACCUCCGGAUGGUGAACAUAGACUGACUUACAGUACCUUGUUUUGUCUGCAGAUGCAUGCAUGCAUAUGUAUAUAUCAGAUAAACGCUGUAUUGUAUCUUUGGCAGAGCUGAACAUAUGUAAAUAUAUUUCCCUUUAUCUUCUUCAUUGUGAAUCAGUUUCUUCAGUCUCUUUCAAAAUUUGAAGAAAAGCUUUGUGCUUCAGUCUUUAGAAAACAAUAAAUGUAAAAUAAAAUUUUUGUUACUCAGGAUUCCAUUAAAAAAAUGUUUACUAUUUUUUCUGUUCCUUGUCUCAGCUGUUUUUUAGGAGGAGGGGUGUUUAUUUUGUUUUUGUAUUACUUUUGGUGAUUAAUUAAUACGAUUAAUAAACAUGUGUAACUAUAUUAAUAAUGUAUCAUUAAUAAUAAAGAUCAUUCUGCUGACUGAAAUUUGAAUACAGAUAUGGUAUCAGUGUUGAUUUCAUCCACUUGAAAUCCAUCAAUAAGCUUCAAGAUGUGACUGAUGUGACCUCCACUGACCUAUCGACUUGAUAGGCAUUUGAAUGUAGCAUUUGAAAAUGUGCGUUUACAUUCUCAGCACUGAUUUCUGUGAGCCGAUAUCCUGUUCUCAUUUUUUCAUUUCUGCAUGUUAUGACUUUUCAAUAUAUCUUUCGCUAUGACGACCAUGUUACUGGUUCAUGCUGUAUUUUUUGCACUCCGGUGUAUUCUCAGUAAAGGGAGGUUCUCUUCAUUACCACAAAUCCUACAUCUGACGAUGCAGUCAGGGGCCAAGCAGUGAGGGUUCCUGUUUCUCUUGUGCUGC